CCUAUUUAGCUAUCUGAUCACAUUACACGUUUGUCGUUAUCGACAUAUGACAUUCUGGCCGGUUUUACCUGUUAAAAUCGGCCAUCUUUGUGAAGAAACGAUAAGUAAACGAUUAGAGACUUUAAAUCAUACAGAAUGUAUUCAACAAAACCAACGUCUGUUAAUAACAAAGAAAGGAUAUCUACCAAAAAGAAGAAGGACUUCAAUUUGAAAUUCAUCGUGAUUGGUGAUUCCAGAGUGGGAAAGACAACGUUGGUGGAGAGGUACUGUGGUUGCCACGAGACAGGAAAUAACAAAAAUAACAACAUUCUUUAUUUUCAUCACACAGUUACUGACAAAGACUGGAGCUGCAAUCUCAAAAUAUUUGACACUGCAGGACAAGAGCGAUACAGAAGCGUGACAUCCUCCUACUACAGGGGAGCAAAUGGGUGUAUCAUUGCCUUCGAUCUCUCUCAGGAGACAUCCUUUGUCAAUCUUGAAAACUGGUACAAUGACAUGCUUAAUUACUGUAACAGCAGUGACGUUUCUGUGGUACUUGUGGGGAUUCAAAGAGAAGGUCGUGAGAGGAUAGUGUCUACAGACCGUGCACAGAAAUUUUCAGACUAUUUGAAUCUUACGUACGCCGAAGUGAAUGUUGAUAACCAAAGUGAAAUCAACGACGUUUUCGGCAAUUUGGCAAAAAAUGUCGUUCAGAGAAUCCAGUCACGAGAGCCUGUAGCCACGAUGUCUACCUUCACCACAACAAACCUGUCAAAGUUAGUGGUAAAGACUGAGUCCAGAUUCGGUUGUAGCUGUUGCUAGCUGGAAAUAACUAGACUUUUCUGUUCAUGUGCCAAACCAAAAAAGACAUUUCAUGCCUUUAAUUUAUGCCAGAAUCUCAUCAUUUUCAUAAUGCAAUCUCAUUUUCAUCGCCUUCUUUGAGAUGCAAAAGACUUUGAUGCAACAUUGUAAAAAGAAAGCGUUUUAAGUGCAAUAAAAUUAACUUACUUA